CCAAAAUUGAUAGAAAUUACUCAAUUGCUGCUUCCCGGACAAACAUCAAAUGAUAGACACGACAUCACAGCACGUAUAUUCAGGCAAAAAAUUCGGUCCCUGAUGAACUUUAUUGUUAAACAACGCGUCUUUGGAGAUACUCGAUGCUGGAUGUAUUCAAUCGAAUGGCAAAAGCGAGGCCUGCCGCACGCACACAUUCUUAUUUGGUUAGUGGAAAGAAUUCAGCCUGACCAAAUAGAUGAUAUCAUAUGUGCCGAGAUUCCUGAUCAUGAAGUCGAUCCAGACCUACAUGAUGUUGUUACUACUAAUAUGAUUCAUGGACCGUGUGGUGCCAUCAACCCCCAAUCACCUUGCAUGGUCGAUGGAAAGUGCUCUAAACGAUAUCCACGGAAAUUAACGGCGGAGACUGUCACUGGCAACGAUGGGUAUCCGCUGUAUCGGCGUCGAUCACCAGAUGACAACGGUCGAACUGUCACAACGAAAGUGAAAAGAAUGGAUUUCGUUGUCGACAACAGUUGGAUUGUUCCAUAUUCGCCACUUAUUUCUAAAACGUUCAAGACACAUUGAACGAAAGGCAGUGAUAUGGCGGUUUUUGGAUUGCAAUCCUCGAAUACCAACGAUGAAAUUUCACGCUAUCAAGUUGGUCGUUAUGUGAACUGUAAUGAAGCGAUUUGGCGUAUAUUCGCAUUUCCCAUUCACGAACGUCAUCCUACUGUUAUACAUUUGGCGGUGCAUCUAGAGAAUGGUCAACGAGUAUAUUUCACGGCUUCGAAUGCUACGCAACGUGCUGAAACACCUCCAGCAACUACAUUGACCAGUUUUUUUUGCAAUCUGCCAAAGCGAUCAGUUUGCACGAACUUUGAUUUACUCGGAGAUGCCACGUUAUUAUACUUGGAAUGCUUCAUCCAAGAAUUUUCAAAGACGGAAGCAAGGUGAUGCGGUUUCUGGGUAUCCAGAUGUGCGUUCUACUGAUGCUCUUGGUCGUAUGUAUACAGUUCAUCCAAAGAAUGAUGAAUGUUUCUAUUUGCGGUUGUUGCUGGUAAAUGUGCGUGGGCCAACUUCAUUUGAGACACUACGAACUGUUAAUGGUGUAAUAUUCCCAACAUAUCGUGCUGCAUGUGAAGAAUUGAACUUAUUAGAAAACGAUACCCAUUGGGAUACGACAAUCGCUGAAGCCAUUAUCUCUGCAUCUCCAAGUCAGAUACGCACAUUAUUCGCUAUCAUAAUUUCGACAUGUUUUCCAUCAAACCCAUGUAACCUGUGGCACAAAUACAAGGAUAGUAUGU